AUGACGAGUCGUCAUUUUAACAUUCAAACAUGGAUAAUUCUGGACACACAUGGAUUUGAAGGCUUAAAUUUCGACGUUACGAUGAAUUCACUGGUUUGUUUAACAGUUAUAUGCGCCGUGUUGGCUGUCAACAUUCAAGCAUUUCAACACAACAGACAAAUUGGCGACUUGCGACUGAAAUUCGACAAUGGCUUUCCGGAAGAAUACUGUUUAGAGCUCGAUACGAACGAAGAGUGGAAAAUCAAUUCGAAUAAAACACUGGAUUGUUUCCAUUGCAAAUGUAGCAGUGCUAAUGCAGGAAUUCGAUGUACAGGAAUAGGGUAUCAAGAUGGGAUCGUCCCUCCCGCAGGAUGUAUGAAAAGACAUCUACAAGCUUUUGAAAUGUCAGAGGGAGAGACUUGCUGUUACCAAUUUGUUAAUAAAGAUAACCUAGGUGAAACUUGUGGAGAAAAAGUUUGUGGUUAAUCGACAACAAAAAAUGAAAAGCUUCUUCUUUUUAGAACGCAUUUAAAUAAAAAACUUAUUUAGAUUUA